CGCUCAGGGUGCACGCUUGUGUUGGACCGUGGCUGCCAAAAAGACUGGGGAUGGAAAAUAUACCAUAAACGCUGUUGGGAAAGUCUACGGAGAUCGCCGUGAAUCUCGGAGUGAAGAUGGCCUUAUUUAAGAACAACUUCUGGGGGGAGAAAAAUGCCGGCUUUGACGUGCUCUACCACAACAUGAAGCACGGCCAGCUGGCAACCAAGGAGCUUGCCGACUUUGUCCGUGAGGGUACUGCUAUUGAGGAGACUUAUUCCAAAUCUAUGAGCAAACUGGCCAAGAUGGCCGGCAACGGAAGUCCACUGGGGACUUUUGCUCCCAUGUGGGAUGUGUUCAGGGUCUCUUCAGACAAACUGGCCCUCUGCCACCUCGAGCUGAUGAAGAAGAUGAAUGAUCUCAUCCGGGACAUCAACAAGUACGGAGAUGAGCAGGUCAAAAUUCACCGCAAGACAAAGGAGGAGAUGGUGGGGACAGUGGAGGCGGUGCAGGCGCUGCAGGUUCAGAGCGGCCACCUUCAGAAAUCAAAGGAGGGUUACCACGCCAAGUGUUUGGAGCUGGACCGGCUCAGGAAGGAGGGAGCUCCACAGAAAGAACAGGAGAAAGCGGAGCUGAAGUCUAAGAAAGCAGCUGAGUCAUUCGGGCUGUGCAUCGAAAAGUACAAUCGCGUGGGAGGAGAGUUUGAGCAGAAGAUGAGCGAGUCUUCGCAGAAGUUUCAGGAAAUCGAGGAGGCCCACCUGCGACAGAUGAAACAGCUGAUCAAAGCUUACUCUCACUCCAUAGAAGACACCCAUGUUCAAGUGGGACAGGUCCAUGAGGAGUUCAAGCAGAAUGUGGAAAACAUCGGCAUUGAUAACCUUAUCCAGAAAUGUGCGGAGCAGAAGGGCACGGGCAAAGACAGGCCAGCUCUGGUUAGUUUUGAGGAGUACAUGACAGCUUUGGCCCCAGAAGGUGGGAAGAAGAGUCGAGCAAAAGCUUUCAGGAUCCCCGGCCUCAGCAAGAGGGACAAGGAGCCGGACUCCACUGACUCCGCAGUGCCAGAGACACCAGUUUAUUCCGGUGCUUCUGAGAAGAGGUUUCUGAGAUACUUGGCAGCCAAAGUGGAAAAUUCACCCCUGGAAGUAGACGACGAGGGAUUUGUCAUCCGAGCUGACAGCACACACAAUGGCUGCUCUGAGGACAAGGGGAACAACUUUUACUCCAGUGACUCAGACUUCGAUGACGAGGAACCCAAAAAGUUCCACAUCCAGAUCAGACCGGUCACCAGCAGCGGUCGCAGUAACACCGCCGCCACGGAGAAAGAGCUGAAGGCCACCGUGGGCUCGCUCACCCUGCCGCCCAACAGAGGCGCCCGGCAGCAGGUGACAGUGAAGCGUCAACUCUCCAGAAACUCAAGUACUGCAGGACUUCGCUCAGAAGAGGGCGAAGGUGCCUCCCACAGGGAUGGAGAGCAGGAAGGCCUCCGCAAGUCCACCUCCAGUCCGGAUCACAACAGGCUGAGUUCUACACCGCUGAGUUCAGACAGUCUGUUCGGACCGCCGCUGGAAUCUGCCUUCAAGUCCAAAAGCUUUGAUGGUCGGGAUCAACUCAGAGAGCAGAGCGCCUUCGGUGCCUCUGAAUACGCUGCCUUCUCCUCCGACUCCUCCUCUCCAGAGAACGUUGAAGACUCCGGCCUGGACUCGCCUUCCCAUCAGCCUCUUGGGCCCUCCCCAGAGCCGGUGGGCUGGGCGGCUUGGCCUCCUGUGUCCCAGAGUAAAGAGCCGACUCAAACCCUGGAGCGACCUGCAGACCCUUUCCUCUCUGCGUUCCGGGACCCCUCCCCAGGUCGCAGUCCUCGCCCUCAAGACGCCCCUGCCAGCGCCUGGUCCGUCGCCUCGUCUCGUCCCUCUCGGGCCCCCCGAGACAAGGACCCCUCCUCCAUUCGGUUCCCUGCGUUCCCCCAGACCCUCCCCCUGCCUGAGGUGGAGUUGUCUGUGUGGAACUGUAAACACAUCCCCGCCGAGGACCCCUUCCUCGCUGCGUUUGAGAGGAGCGUCACCCAGGAGACUGUGAACCUGUCUGACGCAUGGUCGCGCCCACCGCCCCGCCCAGCGCAGGAGGGGAGGGGGCUGGAGGGGAGGGGGGUGGAGCUGCGAGGGGACUCAUUCUCAAACGCCGACACCAAGACACUCCCUGCCCCUUCCUCCUCCUCUUCAUCCUCCUCCAAUCGUAAAAACAGAGACAGGAAACGGGACCAGAGCCUCCCGCCUCCCGUUACUUCUGAUGACCCCUUUGCCAUCACGAUGAUUGGCAGCCCGACGCACCAAUCGACGCUGGCUGCUGCAGAGGCCGGGCUGAUCCCUCCACACAGCAGCAGGGGGGGGGCUGGGGGGGGCUCCACCAACAACAGCAACAGGCUGGUACUCGAUGUUAAUUCAAGUUCUCUGCCUACGGCUCAGCCCAAGAAAGAGCUGAUGCACUGGAACUCCGUCCACAACCCGUUCAGUGAGAGUGUCUCUGGAGGGCUGAGCGGCUCCAAAACACUGGAGGGAGGGAAAGGAGAGGGAGCAGGGGAAAGGAGGAAACAUCGAUCACCAGACAGCGAGCCACGCAGGAACGCCCCCCCACUCACCAGGCACUCAGGACCCCAGGAGGAUCUGUGUUUCUCCACAGACAAAGAUCAGGACUGCCUGGACCUGAACACUCAGAUAACGUGCAGUAUCAUUCCACACAAGGGGUCCAAGCUGAACUUCCGACAGGACAGUGAAGGGGUCUCAGCGGCCCCUCCUCGAGCGGCCCGGGCCAAGAGGACUUCAGGCCGGCUCAGCGGCUGUGAGAGAUCGCGGUCUCUGUGCUCCUCCCCCCUGCCGGAGCCCAGCCCCUCCCUCACCUCCUCCUCCUCCUCCUCCAGCCCCAGUGAGUGGGGCCCUCAGGCCAGGGACAUGGACUGGGGGAGUCAGAACCGAGCGCCCAGUCCUGCUCGGGUGGGACAGGCCUCCCCCCUGCCCUUCCAGCACCAGGACCUCCCUCAGAGACAGCUGCACCUGUCCCGAGGGCCCAGUCCCAUUUCCCUCAGCACACAGGAGGCCUGGCCGGUGGCAGCAGCCAUCACAGAAUAUAUCAAUGCCUACUUCAAAGGUGGACAGCACAACCGCUGUCUGGUGAAGAUCACAGGCGACCUGACCAUGUCCUUCCCUGCUGGCAUUACCAGGAUUUUCUCUGCCAACCCCAACGUUCCUGUUCUCAGCUUCAGACUGGUCAACAUCUCCAGGAUCGAUCACUUCCUGCCGAACCAGAAGCUGCUGUACAGCGAUCCGUCCCAGAGUGACCCGGACACCCGAGACUUCUGGUUCAACAUGCAGGCUCUGCAACUGUACCUGCAGAGGGAGGCCGAGCUCAACCCGCAGGCCUCGUACUACAACGUCGGCCUGCUCAAGUAUCAGGUGUCGUCCCAGGACCCGGGCCGGGCCCCGCUCCUGCUCUCUGCAGAGUGUCAGCGCAGCGGCACGGUGACCCGGGUCUCCCUGGACUACCACUGCUGCCCCGCCACGGCCCCCUCCACCCAGCUGGCUGCGGUCCAGGUGCUGCUGCCGCUAGACCACACCGCCACGGACCUGCAGUGCCAGCCCCCCGCCUCCUGGAAUGCUGAGGAACGACGGCUGCUGUGGAAACUCCCCAACCUCUCCCCGACCAAUCACAGCAAAGUGGUGUUUCUCAUGUUCCUGUCUCUCUCUGCCUGUGGGUGGUCCCCCAGGCUCAGGGACCCUGUGUGCCAGCUGGCAGUGCCUGGAGGCCCCCCGCGGCCCCCCACCCAGCCUGGCUGUUCAGUUCGUGGGCUCCGGGGCCUCGCUGGCGGGCCUGGACGUGGAGCUGGUGGGCAGCCGCUACCGCAUGUCGCUGGUCAAGAAGAGAUUCGCCACAGGGAAGUACCUGGCCGGCUGCUCCUUGUGAGGAUCCUCGCUGCGGAUCAGAACUUUGCACUUUUUCAAAAUCGAAGGCCAGAAAGAGAUGACUGAAAACGGAUCAGCCUUAAAGGACGAUGUGCACUUUCUUCUGACGGUGUCCUGCUGUCUGAGGAGGACCAAGCCUUCUUCCCCUCUAACUUAAGUUGUGUGUGUGUGUUGUACUCAGUCGUCCUGCCUUUUUGUAUUGAAUCUCCUGUUCCCCGUUCUGAGACUGCAAACUGAGCUAAAUGUCAGAACUCAUCUUGAAUUGUAGAAAAACAUGUGAAUAAUAAGUUGCCAUGGAAACUAGAAUUUUAAAUUAUACUGUAUGGAGGGAAUCUCUGGAGUUUCCCUAGAGAUCUUCUACCAAACCUUAGAAAAUAAAUGUUUGUAAAUCAGCUGUUUGUUUCGAAUAGAAGUUUUGUGAUGUUGAUGUUUGAUAAAAAAAUAAAUGUGCUCAAUCUUU